UUUUUCACUAAUAUAAAAAUUCCUAAACUAUAAUAAUGUGAAAUAUGUUUUCACUUUCUUUUAAUCAAAAUUAUAGAUGAUAUUCUAAUUUCUAUACAAAUGUAUUGCUAAUUAUUGUUGAUUACAUUGGUUGAUUUCUUGAAUUCUGAUGCAUAUCUUUUAGUAUUAAAAUGAAAACAUAUUUUGUCAAUGCACAUUUUAAAAAUAUAUUUUUGUUGUUGAUAUUCAAAAACCUAGAUAAAGUUAUAACUUAAAAAAUUAUAAGUCAUUUUGUUAGUUUUUAUACAAAAAUAAAUAAUUUAGGUUAACUUUUAUUGUUUCAAUAUUAUUUGUUAACUGUAAAUUUGUUAUAUCAUUCAUCAAUUAACUUCCAUACUCGAGUAUUGAUAAAAAAAUAUAUAAAUAUUAUACAUAAUUAAAUUUAUCAUACUAAUUCAUCAUUGGUACCUAGCCAAUACAAAUUUAAUAUAAUACUUUCUGAGAACAAACAUUUAAAAAAAAAAGUAACUGCUGAAAUGUAAAACAAUCUUACUGUAUAACAAUAUAAUAUGCCAAUAACUAUAUAUAAUUAUUAUAUAAUAAUAUAUGUAAUAUUCAGUCAUAUUACAUUCAUGUGAUUUAAAUUUAUUUACAUUGAAUUUACUAUUUAGAAAAUAGUGGUAUUUUAUUUAUUAUUUAGUUGUGUGCUUACUGUGUGUCUCCAACAAUAGUUGUGAAAUAUUUUCUCUUAAUGUGAUAAAUUAUGUAUAAACACACAUGUAAUUUAUGUAUAAACACAUAAUUUUAAAAGAAUGUUCAAGAAUUAAUGUAAUAAUUGUCAUUUAGUACUUAAUUAAAAAUCUAUGCCACCAAAUUGUGAUGUAAAUAUAGAUUAUCUUAUUUGGUUUUUAUAAUUUAUGUACAUAUGUUUGUAUAAAUUAUAAUAACCAAAGUUCUUAAAAUACAGUUUUGUGGUUUAAAAAAAAAAUUCAUAUUACUUUUUCCAAUGUUUUAAUUUGUAUAAUAUUAUGUUUUAAUGUUUUCCAAAUUAUUGUCACCUGUUAUCCAUUUUUUGUCUACUUAAUAUUUAAAUCAUUUUGGACCAUUCAUAUUAUUAUUGUGAUAACUGCAAAAUAUUUGUUUGUAUGCAAGUUAUUAAACAAGAAUAUACAAUUAAAUCAACAUUUUUAAAUAAUGUAUAUCUAGUGAUAAUUUUGUUAAUUAUUAAUCUAAAAAUGAACAAUCUAAUACUGAUAAAAUUAUUGAUGUUGAAAAUAAUGAAUAAUUUUAAAGUUUCAUAAUUUUUACAAACUAAAAGAAUUUAUUUUAAAACUAAUAAUUUGAGUUGUAAUACACUUUAAUGAAAUUAUUCAAAUUAAUAACUUGCAAAUAUUUUUUGUUAAAUUUUGUUUAUAUUCAAUCCACUGGGUAUUUUUUUUACAUUAGCAUUACAUAAAAAUAAAAAACUGUAACGUCUUCAAUAAAAUACAUAUUAUGUGUUUAUAAUGAAAUAUUAAUUUAAUUUGUUAAAAUAUGUUUAUAAUUUUAGAUUUUGAGUGAAGUGACGGUAUCUUGAUUGUAAAAUGGUAUGUGUAGAGUGUAUGUAUUUUUAUUUUUAUUAAUUUUUAGUCUAUAUGACUCAUCACCCCAAAUUUUUACCUUGAUAUUACCUUUAUUCAAAUUCUGAUUUUUAAAAUUUUUAAGUAUACCUAAAGAUCAUAUUUUGAAAUUUCUGAUAUUUAUGUACUACUUUUUGUCUUGUGGCGAUACCAGAUAGGGUAAGCAAGCUUAAAAAAUGACCCUUCAUAUAUUGUAUAAUAAAAAUUGGGUUUAACUUCCACGGAUAAACCUACUCAUUAAUCAUUUGUAUUAUAUCUGAUCAGUAUUAUCAUUUCUUAGAUUAAUUAUCAAUUUAAUAUAAUAUAUAUUUUUAAUUAUAAUUUUUAAUGUUCCCAAAAAUCCAUAAACGGGUAAAAGAUAUUGGAACUACUUCUCCACGUCAGUUUAAAAGGCGUUUAAGAAAUAAAAAAUUACUUAAUAAUAGUCUACCGAUUGCCACAAAUUUUAAAAUUCAGUCAUCAUCUCAGAUUGCUCUUUUAAAAUCCCCUGCUAAACAACUUCAUUCAACCACUAUUACUAACAAUAACUGCAGUUAUACUGAACCAUGUGAUUCUAAUACAACACUGAAACUGAACCUUACUAAUGAAUUGCAUACUUGUAUUGAAUAUUCUGCAGAGACUCAGCCCAUUGAAGAAAUAUUGUAUGAAACUAAUAGCAUUAAGGAUAAAAACCAAGAUUUAGUCCAACAAAUUCGUAAGUUGGUUGUGCAGUUUAAUGUAUCACAUGGAUGUGCAAAUAAAAUGUUAAAUAUUCUUAGAAACACAGAUCAAGAAGUUCCCAAGGAUAUCUGUACAAUACUACGAGAACAUAAAGUUGUUAGACCAAUUUCAGAAAUUUAAAACGGUUCAUAACUUGAUUUAGGUAUUUGUAAUAUUGUACAACCUCACUUAUUAAAACAAAUAAAUAAUAUAAUAAUAAAAUUAA